AUGACGGACAUUGGUAGAAGUCUCCGGGAAUGUCUACUAGAAGCUGUUGAUGAUUUGGAGAGCAUCACUAAACAGAUUAUUGAAUCUUUGUUAAACAGAGAUAAACAUCAUAAGGGCAAUGAGUCUAUGUCACAUUUAGUUCAACUUUUUGAAUCUAAGCAACAGUAUAUGAAGAAAUUACUGGAAAAAGCAUCUCAAGUUCAAGAAAGAGAAAACCUUAUUCGUAGCUUAGAAGAAUGCGUAGAGAACAGAAAUGAAAUUAUCGAAAAUCUCGAAGCAAAUCUUAAAGUAGCCGAAGUCGCCUUGACCGCUGCUGUUUUCCAGGCUAAUAAAAAACUCCACUCAGUACGUACAGCCGAAGCUCACCCCAUUGAUAGUGAAGAAGUCAUACGAUUCGCUCACCAAAUCAGUAAAAGUUAUUCUGUUGCUGCCCCCUUGUUUUGGCAACAAGGUGAUCCAUCUCGUCCUUUCCCUACUGAGCCAGAGUUCCGAAACUCGCAGUUAGCUGCUCCUCGAACUGUACAACAAGCACAUCCCAUCAGUAUGCUUCGACAGCAAAGUGCAAGUCAGAUUAGAACACCUCCAAUUGCUCUAGGACGUGGCAGCGGCUCGUCGCCCAUGACAAAUCUAAAUCAACAGAAAUGGAGUGGCAAUGGUAGUCCAAGAUUCGGAUAUCAGCAAACGACAUCUUCUCCUAGGGGUAGAGGAACUCCUACGAUGGGAUGGAAUAAUCGACCAGGACAUGAGACGUCACCUUACCCAUGGGGACAAAAACAGAAUUCUCCCCAUCUUACUUCUCCUAGCGUAACAGUUAGUGGAAUGGCACCUAGGAAAGCUCUUGCUGUGAACACAGUCCAACAAAUGAGUAGUGGAAGUAGCUCUAGUUCGAGCAGUGAUGACGAAAGUCCUAAAUAA